AUGGAAAGAAGUGGCGAUGCUCGAGAGAUGCUGUACCUGACCAAAUAUUGUGAAAGGCACAUCAGCAGGGGCCGCCAUCGUUCAAGAAAGCCUGUGGAAGGCCAGAUUGGCCAUAUCGUCUCUGGAUCCACCACAACAAAAGUGGUGCCGAUUGCUUCCUCCCAAUCAGCAUCGGUAAUAUCCAGUGGUGGUGCAUCCUACAACCUUGGAGCCAUGCAGCACCAGUUCAACAGCUUACUGCCUAGAUCUGCUAACCCUUCAACAAACACUCUCGUUAGCAGUGACAGGGCAAAGCAUGACCAGCAUCCACUUGGUCAUUUUUUUGGCAAUUGGCCGAAGGACCAUUCUGAUCGUGCCUCUGUUGCCUGGAUUGAACAACUGAAAUCAGACUGGACCCAACUAUCAAUGUCGACCCCUAUCCCUAUGGCUUCCUCUGGUUUCUCGUCAUCAUCAAACUCUCCUCCACAGGACAAAGUCACCCUUUCACCAUUAAGACUUUCUCGUGAUUUUGACUCAAUCCAUAUGGGUUUGGGGGUGAGUAAUAAUCCUAGAGAACCAGAUGAAAAGCAAACAAAUUGGAUACCUAUCUCUUCAUUAGGGGGUCCAUUAGGAGAGGUCUUGAAUGGAACCUCUAGCACUCUGGGAGCCAACAAGAACACGUCGGCUCUGAACCUCGUAUCUGAAGUUUGGGAUGGUAACCCUCAGUUGGGAUCUUCACCCACUGGUGCCUUGCAGAAGGUGACUAACAAGUAGGCCCUUGAGGCUGCUGCUAGCCUUUGUGAUGCUGUGCUUGGUUCAACUAUCGGAAGUUCCUCAUCUAUUCCAUCUUUGUAAUCGUAUGAUGCGAUCAUGGAAGAAUUGAAGAACUUGAAAGAAGAGCAAGCCAAGUCCUAGAGUAGCUUGAGGAAGUUUUUUAGGUUUGAAGUAACUCAAUGGAUCUGUAAUUUCUUCUUUUCUGUCUCUUUACAAUGGUUUGCAAAUGUUCUCAAAGGAGGGAUUCAACCUAAAUCUCGGGUGUGUUGCUGUCUGAUUUACUGCAAAUUAUUCUACAUUCGGUAUUGCCUUAACA